AUGCAUUCCAGCGCUAUCCUCCUCGGUCUCAUUGGACUUGCCAAUGCCCAGAGUCUUAACAUUCCCUCGCGUGUGGGUAGCAUUAUCUCGCUGCCUUCUCCCAGUGUGAUCUCGGGCAGUGUUGAUCUGGGUAACCACGAAUACGAUCGUGGCCGAGCCUGCGACAAUGAUGAUGACACUGGAUCCGACAACGCCGUGUUCGUCUUGCAAGAUGGAGCAUCGCUGAGCAAUGUGAUCAUCGGAAAGAACCAACUCGAGGGCAUCCAUUGCAAGGGAUCUUGCACCCUGACCAACGUGUGGUUCCGUGACGUGUGCGAGGACGCCAUUUCCAUCCUGGGAACUGGAAAUGCACUCAUUAAGGGUGGAGGUGCCCAAGAGGCCAAAGACAAGGUCGUGCAGCACAACGGCAAGGGAACCGUCACCAUUGAUGGAUUCACCGUCGUCAACGCAGGCAAGCUGUACCGCUCGUGCGGCAACUGCAGCAGCAACAAGAGCAAGAGUCCUCGCAAUGUGGUGAUCAAGAACGUCAAGGCCAAGGGCGUGGAUACCUUGGUUGGAAUCAAUUCAAACUACGGCGAUACUUCCAGUGUCAGCAACACUUGUGGCUCCAGCGUCAAGCAUGUGUGCCAGGAGUUUGAGGGUGUCGACAAGUCUGCUGGAAAGGAGAGCCCUAAGCUGAGCUCGACUGCUUCUUGCAAGGGGCAGUCGUCUCUUUCUUCUUGCUAA